AUGUCCGACGCAGUUCAUCGUCAACUUCGUGCUUUAUCCUAUCCUAAGGAGAGUGAAAUGGGGUUGUUCUUUGCAUUGGCGAUACCACUCGACGACCCCAUGUCCACAAAAUCGAUUUCCGUCGCGUUCUUCUUUGAGGCUAAUUAUGAGUUACCUAAUGCUAUUAGUCGAGACGAGCAUGGGGAGACAUGGAGGAGGAGACGAUCGAUCGAUAGAAAAACCAUCUACACCAUUUUGGAGUCCAAAUUUGAAAACUUGGGAUUUCCGGGGAGGCAGUGCUUGCUGCGGUCCAUUUGCGAAACUUCUCGAGAACGAGAUCGACUGCACGGACAUAAUGGCCUCAUCGGCGAUCUCAUGCGAAUCACGUUCACGCCAUCUUCGAGCGCGGAGGAGGGUCUGCCGCUGGAGUACGCCGAUGCCGAGGGAGCGGACAUGGACACCGACUGCAGCUUGAUCUACCAUUCCUGCCCGUUCUCCAUUUAUCAGUACAUAACCGACGUUUUAAAGUGAAUGAUGACUCUCCCUGGAGUUCUCAGCCUCCCACGGCAUCGCCUCUCUCCAACUCCUGGCCCUCGGACGACGGCUGGGAUUUUCUCCACGAAGCGACGUAGCGACACUUUACGGC